UCUCAUCCAGGAGCCAAUCAGACGGCCGCAGCCGCUGUGUUUUGAAUCGGGGGUAGUUUUAACCGUCGGGCGCCUCCACGGCUCGCGGUGCGGCAGAAACGAAACGAGCCUAUGCUGGUUUUCUUCUCACAGAACGGGAUAUACUAACACAUCGACAUGGAUUUGGACUCCAUGAAAUAUGCAGAGCUGCGAAGCCUCGCCAAGGAGCUCGGGAUUAAAGUAACCGGGAAGGCUGAUAAACUCCUGAAAACUAUCAAGCAGCAUUACCAACAAGAAAAGAACAAGGAGGAGGAAGAGCAGGGACAAGACAAGGAUGCAGCUGCUGUCCAAGAAGACGAAAAUGCAGGACAAGAGAGUGCUCAGGCGAGGAAAGAGGAGACUUGCAAGGAAGAAGCUUCCAGCACCGCCGUGUUUGUGAACACACGUCGAGGCAAAGGAAACGGUACCAAGAGAAAGAUCUCUGAUGCUGCGCCAGAGACCGAGGGUGGUGCUAAGUUACCUGCAAGUGUUGCACAGGUUGAUGCCAAAGUGGCUGCAUCCAAUGCAGCCUGUGGUGCUCGGGGUGCAAAGAAGAGAAAAGUGUCUUCUGUGAAAGACUCUUACAAAACGGAGACAGAGCUUCCUGAGGAGCCCCGGGCCACUAGCAGCGAGCAGCAGCGGGCUGACAUGACGGGUGAAGCACCCGUGCACGGUGAUGGAGAAAAGGCAACAAAAGUGGCCAAAGCUGGUAAAAUCCCUCGUUACCAAGGCCUCCAGCAGAAGAACAAGCAGUUGUUGAAGCCUGUUACUCCUAACUUCAAAAAACUCCAUGAGGCCCAUUUUAACAAGAUGGAGUCCAUUGACUCAUAUGUACAGCGGAAGACCAGGCAGAUGGAGACCUACAGAAAUUCGGUUAAAGAGCUGAAGAAGCUUUCAGAAAAAACUAAACUGCAGCAAGUGGAUGGCAAAACCCAAGCGAGGGCAAGUCAUAGUCGUGCUUCCAUGUUCAGUCCUGUUCCAGUGAAUAAAAGACCAGUUGCCGACAAACGCAGACACACUUUGCUCUCGGCUAGUAAAGCUCCUCCAAAGAAACCUGCUGGGAAGGAAGAUGGUCCAUUCAGACCGUCUGUCCUUUCCACUCGCAGGAUCAAUGUUUGGUUCUUGGAAGCCACUCCUGACAAUGAGCAUAAGAGGUCGUUGGUGAAGACGCCAGCACGUAUGUCACCCUGUGUGACCUCGAGCACCCCACAAAAACAGGCCUCUGAUGUCGGAAAGGCCAAAAAUGUCAAGACUUCAACUUUCUCUGCCACAAAAACUCCAGGGCCAUUCAUUUUCACCGGUAACACAAGCACUUCAACAACCCCUGGAACACAAACGAAGCCGAGCUUUGAUCUGAAGGCGAGUCUGUCUCGUCCCCUCACCUACAAGCCUCAUAAAGGUAAACUGAAGCCCUUUGGAGAUACCAAAGAAAACCCGACAAAAGAAGGAAACAAGUCUCUGAUCUCAAACUCGCAUCAGAAAAACUAUAAACAGCACAGAGUCCAAACAAGGGAGGACAGGAGAGCAAAACACAUGGAAGACCGGAAGCAAAAGAAAGAGGGUAUGCUUGGGGCAAGAAGAGGCCUCGCCAUGAUGUAAAAAUAUCAUGGCAAACUUGCUUGUAGACAUUUGUACAGCCUGUUCCACUGUAAAUAUUUUGUCGUUUGCAACUGGCAAAUUGAUGUCUGCUGUCUCUUUUAGCCUACUGUUAGGAAAGUAGACAAGCUCCUUUAUCAUUUUAUCAACCUACUGUGCAAUGUUUAAAGUUGACUCAUGCAUUAGUUGAAACACUUUUUAGCUCUGAAUGAUGCAUUUACGUACUUUGACCUGUAGAGAAUUGAUGUCCCUUUUUUGCUGCAUUUGAAAUGUGUAAUUUUUGUUCUUAAAAAUUUGAUGCUUUGUUUCUUACUUUUCGGUUAAAAUGAUGCAAACACUAAUGCAAACGAUUUUCUUGUCUGCAUUCUCCAAUUAAAUUUGCUAUUGCAGUUUUCCAAAGUCAA